AUGGGCGUGGCCAUCCGCUCUGAUUUGUCGCCGCGCGGGGUGGGGUACUGGAAGGAAAACAUUUUCCCGGGAAAGCUUCACGUGCUGUCGCGUUGCUUCCGUCGUUCCCGGGCCGCAGCCCCGUCGGGAAGGAACCCGGCCAUGAGCAAACUCCGGGCAGCGGCUGCCGGGGGUCUCCGGCGAAGCGGCAGGAGAGCGGCAUCGCCUGCAGAGCAGAGCAGGAAGGGUGCGUUGCUCCGUGGAGCGCCUGCCCCACUUCUCGCCCAGCAUCUGUUCAGCGACCCGGCUGAGAUCCAGUCUCUGCGCGGGAACCUGCUUGCUUGGUAUGACAAAUGCAAGCGAGACCUUCCCUGGAGGACAUUGGCAGCCACUGAGCCAGAUGCUGACAGACGGGGUUAUGCAGUGUGGGUGUCUGAGAUCAUGCUCCAGCAGACGCAGGUGGCUACAGUGAUUGACUACUACAAUCGCUGGAUGCAGAAGUGGCCGACGCUGCAGGCUUUGGCACAGGCGUCCCUGGAGGAGGUGAAUGAGCUGUGGGCAGGACUUGGCUACUACUCAAGAGGGAAGCGUCUGCAGGAGGCAGCAAAGAAGGUGGUGUCAGAGCUGGACGGCCGGAUGCCCAGGACAGCUGAGCUCCUGCAAAAGCUGCUGCCAGGAGUGGGCCGAUACACAGCAGGAGCAAUAGCAUCUAUCUCAUACGGGCAGGUGAGGGCUGGGCAUCAGUGGACUUAUCUCCCUUCUCUGCCACCUAGCCCCACUCCUGGCAGGGUCCUGCUGCUGGGCAUCUCCCAGCAAAGUAACCUCAGCUCCUGGUCCUAGGCUACUGGCGUUGUGGAUGGGAACGUGAUCCGGGUCCUGUGCCGCCUGCGGUGCAUCGGUGCUGACUCCAGCAGCCCGGCUGUCACUGACUGGCUCUGGGACAUGGCUAAUGCUGUGGUCGACAGGAGCCGCCCAGGGGAUUUUAACCAAGCCCUGAUGGAGCUGGGGGCAACCGUGUGUGUGCCCAAGGCCCCGCUGUGCAGGGAGUGCCCCGUGAAGAAGCAAUGCCGAGCACGGCACAGGGUGGAGAAGGAGCUGGCCCUUGCCUCUCAGAAACUGCUUGGAAAACCCAUCCCAGUGCCUGAUGUUGAGGACUGUGGUGUUGGGGAUUGUCCCCUGUGUCCCCCAGCUGCAGAGCCUUGGGACAGUAGCCUGGGAGUGACCAACUUCCCCCGGAAAGCAGCGAAGAAGCAGCCGCGGGCAGCACGAACAGCUACGUGUGUGCUGGAGCGAAGGGGCUGCCACGGGGCCCCCGAGUACCUCAUUGUGCAGAGACCCAACUCAGGUCUCCUGGCUGGCUUAUGGGAGUUCCCAAGUCUCCCAGUGGCUCAGGGUCUGCAGGAGGAGAAGCAGAGGGAGGUGCUGGCAGAUUACCUCCAGGCCUGGAUGGGGCAGCCUGUGGCAGCUGAAGGCCUGCAGUUUAUUGGAGAGGUUGUCCACAUCUUCUCUCACAUCCACCAGACAUAUGUGGUCUACUCCCUGCUCCUGGAUGGGGAUGUGACCCUAGACCCUUCCCCAUCCCAGUCCCGCUGGGUGACAGAGGAUGAGUUCCAUGCCUCUGCUGUUUCUACAGCCAUGAAGAAGGUGUUGAAAGCGUGUGAGAAGCAGCGUGGGAAGGAGAGCAGCCCCAGCGUGGGCCCGAAGAGGAAGCGGGGGGCAAAAAUGCAGAGAGCAAGCAGCACCUGUCCUGGGACACAGCUGUCCCUCCAUGCCUUCCUUCGGGUACCAACUGCUCCAUGA